AUGUCGACGGGGUCCAAGUAUAAAGAUAUCAUGAAGAAGGGGUGGCACCCGGAGAAGCCGGGCGAGAGGAUCAAAGGUCAAAUGUCCGACGACGAACGCUCCGAUCACGUCUCCGUGCCUCUCUCCCAGCUCAAGGACCCGUCAACCUUUGCGCCACCGCCAAAGCGUACCGGCUCUGGUCUUGCGCCUCCGCCGCCUCCUACGGGGCCGAGAAAGGUCAUCACCGCUCCAUCCAAGUACAUGGAUCCGCGGGCACCUGUUGUCGAGGAGCCUCAGUAUGCUGAGCCGGAGGAAGAGGAGGAGCCCAAGCCCCGCGGGCCGUAUCGUGCCAACACCACAGGCCUUGCGACGAACCACCUCCCCAAGCCGCCGGGUAGGAGAGACGGUGCUGAUGGACGACCUGCGGAGCCACCGUCGUAUCAGUCUGCCAUGGCAGCCGUUGGAGGAGGAAGAUCUGCGCCUCCCAGCUUACCGCCCCGUCUACCACCUAGAACCAACUCGGGCAGUACAGUCUCGUCUGGUGCUGCAAGCCCAGCUCCCUCGAACAACCCCCUUAUCAACCAAGGGUCUUUGAACCAAGGAGCCAUCAGCCGUCUGAGCGCAGCAGGCGUAUCGGUCCCUGCCUUUGGCAUUGGUCGUUCCAGUCCUGCGGCUUCAGAGUCUGAUGGUCCGCCCAAGCCCCCGCGUCCAGGAGUUGCCUCGCCUCCUGCUACUCCCUCGCAUAUGAAUGAACUGCAGAACCGCUUUUCCAAGCUCGGAACAUCAAACGCCAACGCUGCGGAGCCGCCAAGCGAAGGAACGACAUGGGCGCAAAAGCAAGCUGCCCUCAAGACAGCAUCCAACUUCCAAAAGGAUCCCUCAUCGGUAUCAUUCUCCGAUGCCCGGGCGGCUGCCGGCACCGCCAACAACUUCCGCCGGCGUCAUGGAGAGCAGGUUGCUGCAGGAGCAAAGACGGCCAACAACCUCAAUCAAAAGUACGGGCUUAUGGACAAGGCAAAGAGCUCAUAUGCCAGUGUACAAGGCACUCAGCAGGGUCAGGGAGCUCAGGCUGGAGCUGCUUCUCCGUCCCCUUCUCCAUCCCUGUCAGGUCUUGUAGGGAAGAAGAAGCCACCUCCACCCCCGCCAAAGAAGAAGCCGGCCCUCGUGGCCUCGGUGACCCCGAGUGCCCCCGCCGACGAUGAUGGACCACCGCCUAUUCCCAUGGCAACGAGGCCGCAAUUUUGA